UUGUCAACAUCAAAUAAACCACCAAGGGAAAAAAACUAAACUGGAAUUAUUCUUGCAAAUAAAAUAAAUUUAAAUUAUUUGAAAAAAAAAGAGAAUGAGUUCUCCAGUGACCAGUCAGCUGCUUGAGCAGGAAAUCAUGGCUGAAGAACCUUGGUGUAGCGAAACAAAAUUAUAUCAACCAUACGAAGCUGAGCAGAUUCUGUUGGCCGAAAAUGCGAGCUGUUUGGCUGUUAAAGCAUAUUUAAAUAUGUGUAAUUUACCUUACACAACCGAACCGUGUGCAAAUGCUGAAUAUAUGUCUCCGGGGGGUCAUAUGACAAAGUUACCUGUGCUACAAUGCGGUGCAUUUGUUGUAUCUGAAUUGGAACCAAUCGUCAAUUUGGUUGAACGAAAGGGAUUUUCUUUGACUGCACAAAUGGACGUUGACGAGAAAAAUGAUCUGAGAGCCUAUCUAAGUUUAACGGAGAAGAUUUUUACAAAUGCCGAACUAUACAUUUGUUGGAUGGACAAGCAAACACUUGAAGAAGUCACUUACAGGCGAUAUGGAUCAGUUUAUCCAUGGCCAUUGAAUCACAUACAAAAUUAUCGCAAACGCAACGCAGUUGUUAAGAAAUUAAAAGUAUUCAAUUGGGCAUCGUAUACGAACGAACAAGUUGUGAAAAAAGUGCGCAAAUGUUGUGUAUUCUUGAAAGAGAAAUUAGGAAAUAAUCAAUACUUCUAUGGAGAUAGUCCAACUGAGCUGGAUGCCUUAGUUUUUGGCCAUAUUUUUACAAUUUUGACCACACCGUUGCCCAAUAAUAAUCUCCAACACUUGAUCAAAAAUAAUUUCGGAACCCUUGUCGAUCUGUGCUUUAGAAUUGAAAAGGAGUACUUCAGUAAAAUUCCCGAAGUAUCGACCCACAAAAACAAGUGAAAUAAUAGUACAAAUGCAAUAAAUUAGUAAACACCAAAAUAAGAAAAUAAUUGUUUAACAUAAUUUGUAUAUUUUCUCCUUUUUUUAUUAUUUUUGCUUGAAAUUUGUUAACAUGUUAUUAUAUUAUGGGCCAUUGAAGAAAACCACAAAAGUAAUU